AUGACGAGUUUGCCGAAGCAAAGAUUGUCGAUUAAUGAAAAUUCUAAGAGUGAAAAUGUGAAGAAAUUUAUGGAAAGUGAAAUUUUAUCAAAAAGAACACCAAAAUGUGCGAGAUGUCGAAAUCACGGAAUAAUCUCAAAUUUAAAAUCCCACAAAAAACUGUGCAAAUGGAAGGAUUGUAAAUGUCCAAAUUGCUUGUUAGUUGUUGAGCGACAGCGAGUGAUGGCCGCCCAAGUUGCUUUAAGACGGCAACAAAAUGCUCAGAAUUCCUCAUCUUCCUCACAACUCAACUCUGUCGAGUAUAUUGAAAAAAUUCAAAAUAUGGAAGCUUUAUUAGCACACAAAAGAGCUUAUCAAAAGCAGCUUAAAAAUAUUCAACAAUUGAAUUACAAUAAAAAUUGGAUUAAUAAAGGGGAAAAAAAACUUCAUUUAAGUGAAAAGAAGAAGAAAAUGUGUUUCUUUCAUAAAAUACUAAAAGUUUCAACCAAAUCAGAUCACAUAGCAUCAACGAAUGAAAUGAAGUAG